AUGUACCAUGACCUCAAGAGGUACUAUCAUUGGGUCGGGAUGAAGAGAGAUGUAGCAUUGGGUUGCGAAGUGCAACACUUGUGCCUUGGUGAAGGCAGAGCAUCAGGUUCCGGGUGGUCUUUUGCAGAGUUUACCCAUUCCAGAGUGGAAGUGGGACAUGAUUACGAUGGAUUUCGUGGUUGGACUACCUGUUUCAGGACUUUCGAUGCUAUCUGGGUGAUUGUGGAUCGGUUGACUAAGUCCGCACAUUUCUUGGCCAUCAAGAAGACAGAUGGAGCUGCUGUUUUGGCUAGGAAGUUUGUGCGAGAGAUUGCAGAGAUGGGCACUAAGGUGCAUUUGAGUACAGCUUAUCAUCCGCAGACAGAUGGUCAGUCAGAGAGGACUAUUCAGACUUUGGAGGAUUUGCUGAGGAUGUGUGUGUUGGAUUGGGGUGGCCAGUGUAACAUCCGUAGCCCUUUUUCUGGAGUUUUGGAGGUUGCGUCGGGCGACUCAAGGUGGGCGUCGGUCGACGCAACAAUUGCAAAAUCGACCCAUUUCAAUUUAAGUCCGGUUUUGGCCGGUUUAGGGCCUGAAAACCCUGAUUUCGAGUUUAAAGAAGGAGCAGCCGUUUUUCUUCCUCACUUGGUCGUUUUGCGAAAAGGAGAAGUUCAUGAGGAGAGUUGGGCGAUUUUGGAGAGAUUUGGGGUGUUCUUGGGCGAAUCUGAGGCGGAUCUGUUGAUGUUCUUUGUUGCUUCAUCUCUCUUUCCUCUUUCAAAUCCGUUUUCAAGGUGA